AUGAGUGGUUCCCAUAGCAAGGUGCAACAUGCGCCGACUUCCAUCAAUAAUGAUAAGUUUCUCAAAGUCUCACCAAGUUUAUUCACGCCAGAGAGACUCGAUUUAUUCGAUUCAAUGGAUUUGUAUACUACGUUGAUGAAAUCAAAUAAAUUUCUAGAGAAUGGUGAUCGUCUCUCGAAUAUUAGUCUACGAAUAGUCAAUAAGGCUCUGUUGAAGUACCAUUCCGUGAAUCGACCCAAGAAGAGAGACGGGGUUAAAAACGUGUAUCACGUAUUGAAUUCUGCAUCUUUGAUAAGUGGUACAACACAGCCUCCUGCUACCAAGACACAACACGUGGAAACGCGACCUAUGAUUUUGAGAUAUGCUCCAGCACGACCUACUGCCACUACUACUACUAGACCGCAAGCUUUGAAAUCAAUAAAAUCUACACUUACGAGCAUCUCAGAACGACAUCAAUCACAAGUGGACACUUCUUUGAAUCCAAAGACUGUCGUUACAGGAUUCAAACCAAAUACACUGAUCACAAACACUGCCAAACCACAAGUUGUCUCGAGACAAGAAUCCUUGUUUAGUAAUACGAGUAGCCACGAACAGAAAAUAUUCUUCUCCAGCGAAGACGACCUCUCUGAUUGGAACAUUAGCGUUUCAGAUGAUGAUGACGAUGAUGACGACGAAGAUUAUGAAGAAGAUGACGAGGAUGACGAGGAUGACGAUGACGACGAUGAGGAUGAAGACAAAUUUUACAAGAAACAACUGGACAAAUUACUUUUUGCCAAGACAUCUUCUCCCGGUAGUAGUAGCUCCCACAAUGACCAUACAGUGAAAAAAAGCUUACUUAGUGGACUGUUCUCUAGUGGACCCCCCGUGACACACCAAAACGUCACUUCAUCUCCUCAUAACAUGACCACUUUGGAAACCAGCAAUGUCAUAGCAGUAGGAUCUGUGACUCCACCACACCAAUUACAAGCCAAGGAAGUGAUCAAGCGAACCACCGGAAGUUUCAGUAGUAUUGUCUCUGAAAAUACAAGAGACAGGUACGCUUACGAAUCGAACGCACCGCUGACAGCAAAGACAAUCCUACCAACAGCAUUAUCCACACACAUGUUCAUACCCAACAGUGUCCAUCAAAUGAGAAUGGAUGCAGCAACAAGAAGACGUGGUUCAAUAGAUAUCCCAAACAAAAACAGAAACGGUAUCAAAACCAGAAUGGAACUCUCAGAAGAAGCGUCCUUCAACAAACACACACGGCGAGGCAACAACAACAACAUGCAUAAUAACAUUCGUGGAUAA